CUCACUGUGUGGGUCAAGCGCAAGGAAGAGAAGGGAAGGGGAAGGAGGGCAGCCCAGUCACCCUGGAUCCCGCCCCAACUCUCAUUGGCAGCGCCCACUUCCCCGGGGCUCCAUAGCCCGCGGGGAUUGUCCCUGGCUUAAAGCAAGACUAACCGUCCCGCUCCCUCUGGCAACAGAGGUGGUGAGCAGGGAGAGCGCUUUGGCACCGGGCUGCGGGGCGCAUGCCCCGGACACGCCCCUGGAAACCGCUCGCGGGCCGGGCGACUGAACUUCGUAGUCUAGCGCCGCCGGCGAAGUCCGCGACACAGGUCUUACUUCCCGGGUCGCGUGGGCCACGGCUGCCGGGCCACCCCAGCGGCUCCCGCCGCUCCCCUGCGUUUGUCCAGCCGGUUGUUUUCCCGCGCGGGUAAAUCCUUUCGCCAGCGCCUCUGCCCCUCCCUCCCGCCUCUGCCUCCUCCUUCCCUGCCGACCCACACCGCGGUCGGUCCGCACCGCGCUCCUUCGCCCCCGCGCGCCCGGGCCCACGCCCCGGGCUCGCGUGCCCCGCGGGCUGCGCCUGCACCGACCCGCACACCGUGGACUGCCGCGACCGCGGGCUGCCCAGCGUGCCCGACCCCUUCCCGCUGGACGUGCGCAAGCUGCUGGUGGCCGGCAACCGCAUCCAGCAGAUCCCCGAGGACUUCUUCAUCUUCUACGGAGACCUGGUGUACCUGGACUUCAGGAACAACUCUCUGCGCUCGCUGGAGGAGGGCACGUUCAGCGGCUCGGCCAAGCUCGCCUUCCUCGACCUCAGCUACAACAACCUCACCCAGCUGGGCGCCGGCGCCUUCCGCUCCGCGGGGAGGCUGGUUAAGCUGAGCUUGGCCAACAACAACCUGGCGGGCGUGCACGAGGCCGCCUUCGAGACCCUGGAGUCGCUGCAGGUGCUGGAGCUCAACGACAACAACCUGCGCAGCCUCAACGUGGCCGCCCUCGAUGCGCUACCCGCGCUGCGCACCCUGCGCCUGGACGGGAACCCCUGGCUGUGCGACUGUGACUUCGCCCACCUCUUCUCCUGGAUCCAGGAGAACGCGCCCAAACUACCCAAAGGCCUGGACGGGAUCCAGUGUUCCCUGCCCACCGAGAGCCGGAGGGUGGCCCUGCGCGAGCUAUCCGAGGCCAGCUUCAGCGAGUGCAAGUUCAGCCUGUCGCUCACGGACCUGUUCAUCAUCAUCUUCUCGGGCGUGGCUGUCUCCAUCGCCGCCAUCAUCUCCAGCUUCUUCCUGGCCACCGUGGUGCAGUGCUUCCAGAGGUGCACCCCCAACAAAGACGCCGAGGAUGAGGACGAGGACGAGGAUGACUGAGCCCCCUCUUCUGCUUGUUCCUUGCUGUCCUAUCCCCACCAGCGGUGCCUCUGUUAGAGGGAAAUGCUGAAAGUAGAAAAGCAUCGGCCGCCAUCAGUGAGCGGGACAGAGCCUGCUCCGUGUCUGGGACCUUGGGUGCCCGCUGGGACCUAGAUCUCAGAGUUUAGAAUCAGCAGAGUGGAGAAGCCCAGACAGGAUGGAGGGUUGGUUCCCUAGCAGAGCCUGCCUAGGGCGGAGGUGUGUAUGGGGAGGAGGUGGCCAACUCAGGCUCCAAGGCUGCCAGCUGAAACCCUCCAGAGGAGAUGUGAAGACUUGCGGCCUCCACCUGUAAGGAUGCUUAUACCGGUCUUUCUCCAACCUACACCGGAAGACCACGAGCCCUCUCCUCCCUCCCAAGAGACAACAGCUCAUCAGCAGAGAUUCAAGUUCAAAUUCAAGUUCAAGUUCCAGUUCCAGUUCCAGUUCAAACCAUUCUCCAUGGGAGUGGGAAGUCUCUCUUCAUCUACUAGGUUCAGCAACCUUGGGAUUUCAUAGGAGAACAAAUACAUUUACAUGCGAUAGACAAUGUUUGAGUGUCCCCCUCCCCGACCCCCGUGUGAUGGUAUUUUGACGUGAGGCCUCUGGGAUGUGACUCCGGUGCCCUCCCGAAUGGCAUCAGUGUCCUCAGAAUCCAGAGAACCAGGGGCAGACGUGGCAGGAAGCUGGCCAUUUUCGAACCAGCAGGGGAUCCUCACCAGCUGUGCUGGUGCCUGCUUGCCGACUCGCAGCCUCCAGAACUGUGAGAAAUAAAUGUCUGUUGUUUAUAAGCUGCA